AUGGCUUGUUGUGGUCCAAAGCCUUGGACAACAGUGGAAGAGGAUGUGUUUCUCAAAGCUUUACUACCUGAGUUUAUCAGAGCUCAGCAUCUGAAAAUGUUUGUGAAUGUUUGGGCUGAUACCUUCUGCAGUUUCUUCUAUCAAUGGCCCAAGUGUACAUGUCUAUACCACAAUAGUGUCCCUGUUGAAGGAGACCUUACCCCUGAUCAAUUAAAAAUUGUCAAGCUGGCCAUCGCUGAGCAUAGGAUAAUGACAGACCAAUACAUGGGGGAGGUCAAUGAGCUCAAAGAGUCUCAAGCACCACAAGAAGUCAAAAUUAAAGAAAAUGAUGGAAUCACUCUCUCAUCUAUAAAGCACAAGGCCAAACUCACCAAUCAACACAUCAAUAAGUAA